AUGCCCGUUCCCGCGAUUCCGAUCCCGGUGCUGAACACGGACACGGCGACAGUAUGGAAGACGUUCCUGGAGAAGGCGGAGGACCCCGUCAAGCAGAAGAAACUCAUUCUGAUCAUCGUGUGUAUCGCACUCCUCCUCGACAACAUGUUAUACAUGGUGAUCGUUCCCAUCAUUCCUCAGUAUCUACGCGAUAUCGGAUCGUGGACCACGCACCAGGAAGGCGGCAACAUGAGCGUGGUUACCUUCAACAAGACCGGACGCACCGAACGAAUUUGGCAGAGAGUCGGAGGCCGAGUCGUGUACGAAGGCGAAGAAAGUUUUGUAGGAAUGCUGUUUGCCUCGAAAGCCAUGGUACAAUUACUCAUAAACCCGUUCUCAGGAGCCGUCAUCGACCGGAUAGGCUACGACCUUCCGAUGAUGUUCGGGCUGACGGUGAUGUUUCUGUCGACAGCAAUAUUCGCCUGCGGUCAAUCGUAUAGCGUUUUGUUUUUCGCCCGCUCUCUACAAGGUAUCGGGUCGGCGUUCGCCGACACAGGCGGACUCGCCAUGAUCGCCGACCGUUUCACCGAGGAGGCCGAACGAUCCAGGGCUCUGGGUAUAGCUCUCGCAUUCAUAUCGUUCGGGUGUCUUGUGGCACCGCCCUUCGGAGGACUACUGUUCGAAUUCGCGGGCAAAGAGGUCCCGUUCGUUAUUCUAUCGUUGGUCUGCCUCAUCGACGGGAUUCUCCUACUGUUUGUGAUGAGACCCGUCAAACAGCAGAUGAGAGACAUGGGCAUGGAGCGACCGAAGGGAACUCCCAUUCAUGUGCUUCUCGUAGAUCCUUUCAUCGCAGUCUGCGCCGGAGCGCUAAUGAUGUCGAACGUGUCUCUAGCCUUCCUCGAGCCCACCAUCGCUAUCUGGAUGAAAGACAACCUCCACACCGAGGAAUGGCAAAUUGGACUCAUCUGGCUGCCUGCGUUCAUUCCACACGUGCUCGGCGUCUAUCUAACUGUGAUCGCCUCGGAGAGAUAUCCUCAAUACCAGUGGGCCAUGGCCGCUUUCGGACUCGCUCUUGAAGGAGUCAGCAGUUUCCUCGUGCCAUUCGCCAAAUCCUACUGGUUCCUGUUCUUCCCGUUGAGCGGGAUAUGUUUCGGCAUAGCAAUGGUCGACACAUCGCUGCUGCCGACGCUCGGCUUCUUGGUCGACUACCGUUACGUUUCUGUGUACGGUUCAAUUUACGCCAUCGCCGACAUCUCGUACUCCAUGGCCUACGCUAUCGGGCCCGUUAUCGCGGGUGGAAUCGUCGAGUCGAUCGGCUUCACGGCUCUCAACUUCUUCAUCGCGAUCACCAGUCUCGCCUAUGUACCGCUCCUGUGGCGGCUGAAGAAUGUCUACUCGAACAAAGUGGGCGAAAGCAUGGCGAUGACUGAGGGACCUGGAGCAAAACAUCAGCCGGACUACAGAUCGUGCGAAGGCUCUCAAAACCACCAGACCUCAUUCCAGGAUCCAUGCGCCGAGGCGCCAAGGCCCCUAGCGGCAGCACCGCCCGCAGAAAAACAACUACCGUCGUGGGACGAUGCCUGGGGAGACAACUAG